UCCGGAGGAAUGGAUAAAAUCGGUUUUAUCAAAAAAGAUAUCUACAAUCUUGAAUGUAGUGUGAAUGGGAAGCUGAGGAACCACGAUGUUGAACUAGUGACCGAGUAUUUUAUGGCUGAACAGAAAAAAAAUGAGGCUUUUUAUUUCAAGAUUGAGGGAGAUGGGCAUGACAGGUUUAGUCGAUGUUUUUGGGCAGAUGCAACUUCUAGACGGGCGUAUGGGUUUUAUGGAGAUGUUGUUGUAUUCGAUACCACAUUCAACACGAAUCGAUACGACUUGACAUUUGCACCAAUGUUGGGAGUUAAUAACCAUGGUCAGACAAUUGUCUUAGCAUGCGCAUUUUUGAGCAAGGAAACGACUGAGUCGUUUGUUUGGAUGUUUGAGGAGUUUAAGAAAGCCAUGCCAGGUGGGGAACCUAAAACGAUCAUUACAGAUCAAGAUGCGGCAAUGGCCAUAGCGAUUUCAAUAGCCUUCCCGAGUACAUUUCAUCGACUUUGCAUAUGGCACAUCACAUCAAAGUUCUCUGUUAAGUUACCACGUGACGCUUAUAAGGAGUAUUGGCCUGAAUUUCAGAAAGCCAUAUGGGAUACUGACAAUAAGGAUGAGUUUGAUGCAAAAUGGAAUAUUGUGGUUACAAAGGCUGGUUUGACUGACCAUCCAUGGCUAAGUUCAAUGUUUGAUUUAAGGGAAUCUUGGGUUCCAGCCUACGCACGACAAUUUUUUGCCGCUGGAAUGUCAAGCAGCCAAAGAGCGGAAGGUUCUCAUGGUUUUUUCAAGCAAUACAUAUCAAGGAGAAAUUCGUUGAUGGAUUUCAUAAUACGAUUUGAGAAGGCACUUUCUCAUCAACGUGAAAAAGAGUUAGUUGCUGAUCACGUAGAUGCAUUUGAAGUGGCUCAAUGUCUUCUACCGAUGCCAAUGAACAAACAAAUGGCUACCUUGUACACAAGGACAAUGUUUCAAAAGUUUGAGCAAGAACUAAUACAAAGUACAGCAUGUUUCCUAGAGCUCAAAACAGAGGAUGCGUGUAAAGUUGUGUUCAACGUGAGCGAAAGGAAAAAUUGGGAAACAAGAGUGGCAGAAGUCGUAUAUGUCAAAGAUUCUGACCACGCAUCGUGUAGCUGCAAAAGAUUUGAAUUUGUUGGAAUUAUUUGCAAGCACAUCCUAGCAUUGUUCAGAAGGGACCAGAUUGAAUAUAUGCCCGAUAAAUAUAUUUUGAAGAGGUGGAAGAAAACUGCGAAAUGUGGAUUGGUGUCAGAUGCAAAUGGCAACGAAAUUAAAGACUGUGCAGAUCCUGGCCUUCUAAUAAAGCGGAGUACAAUGUCUCGACUUGCUUCAGAUGUGGUUGAGGAUGCAUUAAUGAGUGAAGAAGGAUGUGAGCUACUGUCAGAGACUCUAAAAAGUUUGCAGGUGAAGUUGAAGUUGCUGAAGGAUGGACCAAGUAAUAACGAAGUUGGAGGGUCCAGCUCUCAAACACAAUAUAUGAAAGACCCUAAGAGAGUGAGGUGCAAAGGAAGGUCGAAAGGAAUAACGGGAGCAAAGGAAAAGGCAAUGAAGCGAGGGAUUAGACACUGUCGGGAGUGUGGACACAUUGGUCAUGAUAGAAGACAAUGCCCAGCCUUGAACACACCGACAUCACCGUCGAACAAUGACGAAUCAACUCCAAUACAUCGUAGUGACCCAUUAUUCGACGAUUUUGACAGGAUGCACAGACCAACUGAAUGAUUGAUAUUUGUAUUAGACGAAAUGUGGUUGUUAUGAAGAUUAAUGAUCAAGUGAAGUUUGAUAGAUUCAGUUUUUGAAUGUUAUUGUGUUUUUGUUCAUGUCCACCGAUGAGCUCUUACUAUGUCCACUGGUAAUUGAAAUGAAAAUUUGCUUGGUUUCAUUCUUCCAAGACAUUUGGAGACAUGUUAAUUUUACGUCUUCUCCCUAUUUAUAAAUUUUCAUAGACA